AUGAAGCUCCCAACCUUUCCCAAGAUCUACAAUGUCUACUUCGUCGCCAUUGUUGCGACGGUGGGUGGUAUGCUCUUCGGUUUCGACAUCUCAUCCAUGUCCGCAAUCAUCGGAACCCAGCAGUACAUCGACUUCUUUGACAAUCCCCAUGGCGUGAAGCAAGGCGCCAUCAAUUCAGCGCUUGCAGCUGGCUCUGUCUUCGGCUCGAUCAUCGCCGGUCCCAUUUCCGAUAAGAUUGGUCGCAGAGAUUCGAUUAUGUUUGCUUGCCUGUGGUGGUUGGUUGGUACUGCGGUCCAGGCCGGCGUGUCUGGCUUUGGGACUUUGAUGGCUGGCCGUGUGCUCAACGGUGUCUGUGUUGGGAUCACCUCAUCCCAGGUACCGGUAUAUCUGGCGGAGAUCAGUAAGAAGGAGAAGCGUGGUUCCCUUAUUGUCAUUCAGCAGUUGGCUAUUGAAUGGGGUAUCUUCAUCAUGUUUUUCGUCGGCUACGGCUGCAAAUUCAUCGCAGGCCCAGCCUCCUUCCGCCUGGCAUGGGGUCUGCAAUUCGUCCCGUGUGUGCUGCUGAUGAUCGGCCUGCCAUUCCUUCCUGAAUCGCCCCGUUGGUUGGCCAAGGUCGACCGCACCGAGGAGGCCAUCACCACCCUGGCCAGAAUCCAGGCCAAAGGCAAUGUGGAUGACCCGCUGGUGGUUGCAGAGUGGGAGGAGAUCACCACUGUGCUCGCAGCUGAGCGUGCAGCAGUUCCCGGCUGGCGCAAGUUCUUCCACAACGGCAUGUGGCGCCGAACCAUGGCCGGAUUCACCUGUCAAGCGUGGCAGCAGCUCUCGGGAGCCAAUGUCAUGACAUACUAUGUCGUAUACGUCUUCCAGAUGGCAAAUCUGUCGGGAAACAUCCUGCUGAUCUCGUCGGGUAUCCAAUACGCGCUCUUCAUCAUCUUCACGUCAGUCAUCUUCUUCUACAUCGACAAGACCAGUCGCCGGAAUCUCCUCAUCUACGGUGCGCUGGGCAUGGCCGUCUGCCAUUUCGUUGUUGGCGGCGUCCUGUCAUCAGGGGAAUACGUUCCAGGAGGCGUGGACGGCAACCUCAACGUCCUCAUCCGCGUGCGAGGAUCCAGCGCUCACACCGUGAUUGCAUUCUCCUACCUGCUGAUCAUCAUCUACGCUCUGACCCUGGCGCCCGUGGCGUGGGUCUACGCGGCAGAGGUUUGGUCCCUGGAGACCCGCGCAUCCGGAAUGUCCAUCGCCGCCGUCGGCAACUGGCUUUUCAACUUCGCGUUGGGCCUCUUCGUGCCCCCGGGUUUCGCAAACAUCAAGUGGAAGCUGUUCAUCGUGUUCGGCGUGCUCUGCGUCGGCGCUGCAGUCCAGGUGUUCUUCACCUACCCCGAAACCUGCGGCAAGACCCUCGAAGAGGUGGAGGAGAUGUUCAGCAAGAACGGGCCGAAGCCGUGGCACACCAAGCCGGGACAGUCGAAGCUGGAUCAUCUGAUCGAAGAGGCACGCGAGAAGGGCCUGCAUGUCAAGGACGUGGGGGCAAAGGCCGAUCUGGAGAUGGUGGAGAAUGUGGAGAAGACGGCCGGCACGACGACGGAGAAGGCCGCGGAUGCGUCUGUCUAG